UUAGAACGCUCGAUCUUCGGCCGCCGCCCAAUGAGCGCCCGCGCUGGGGGAGCGAAAGAAGGCGUGAAGCCCAGUCGCAGCGCCAUCACACUUGAGGGCAAGUGGGUUAGGAAGCCGGCAUGGCGCUCGAGUCAAUAAAAUCGAUAGCUGGACGCUGCCUGUGUUCCAGGCAAAGGCGGCGCAGUAGCGGCGCCGCCAUUUUCCCCCAAGGCAUCUUCCGGUGUCUGGCACCCAAGUUCGGGCAGGAGUUGCCAGACUAGCGCCGAAGGUUUCCGUUAGCCCCGCGGGCGGCCGAUUCCGACUCCCUGCGGGCCUCCCCUGACUCGCUCUGCCCGGGUCCCGCGGAGGCUCUCACCUCCCAAGGCCGCGGCACCGCUUUCUCCGGUCCAAUGGCGCCGCCUGCGGCUCCGCUCCCCACGCGGGGGCCAGGAGAGGCCGGAUCCGGCCGGAGAAGGAGCAGGCGGCCGCGGGCGGUGAGGUUCGCCGACGUGGCCGUGUACUUCUCCGCGGAGGAGUGGGGGUGUCUGCGGCCGGCGCAGAGGGCCCUGUACCGGGACGUGAUGCGGGAGACCUACGGCCACCUGGGCGCGCUCGGAUGCGCUGGUCCCAAACCAGCCCUCAUCUCCUGGCUGGAACGAAAUACUGAUGACUGGGAACUGGCUGCCCUGGAUCCGCAGGAAUGUCCAAAGGGGUUAACGGUCCAAACGAAAAGCAGAGCCAAAAUGAAGGAUGGAGAGAAGGACGUAUUCCCACCUAAGGAAGCACCCCGAAAGGGAAAGCGAGGAAGGCGGCCCAGCAAACCCCGAAUCCUCCCCAGGCAGACGUCCGGGGGCCCCAUCUGCCCCGACUGCGGCUGUACCUUCCCUGACCACCCUGCUCUGCAGAGCCACAAGUGUGCCCAGAACCUGAAGAAGCCUUACCCUUGUCCAGACUGUGGACGCCGCUUUUCCUACCCAUCCCUGCUGGUGAGCCACCGGCGGGCCCACUCGGGCGAGUGCCCCUAUGUCUGCGACCAGUGCGGCAAGCGCUUCUCCCAGCGCAAGAACCUCUCCCAGCACCAGGUCAUCCACACGGGCGAGAAGCCCUACCACUGCCCCGACUGCGGCCGCUGCUUCCGCCGGAGCCGCUCCCUGGCCAACCACCGGACCACACACACGGGCGAGAAGCCGCACCAGUGCCCCAGCUGCGGGCGGCGCUUCGCCUACCCCUCGCUGCUGGCCAUCCACCAGCGCACACACACCGGGGAGAAGCCCUACACGUGCCCCGAAUGCAGCCGCCGCUUCCGCCAGCGUACCGCCCUGGUCAUCCACCAGCGCAUCCACACCGGCGAGAAGCCCUACCCAUGCCCGGACUGCGAGCGCCGCUUCUCCUCGUCCUCCCGUCUGGUGAGCCACCGGCGGGUGCACUCCGGGGAACGGCCGUACGCCUGCGAGCACUGCGAGGCCCGCUUCUCCCAACGCAGCACGCUGCUGCAGCACCAGCUCCUGCACACCGGGGAGAAGCCCUACCCCUGCCCCGACUGCGGCCGGGCCUUUCGGCGCAGCGGCUCGCUGGCCAUCCACCGCAGCACGCACACCGAGGAGAAGCUGCACGCCUGCGAGGACUGCGGCCGCCGCUUCGCCUACCCAUCGCUGCUGGCCAGCCACCGGCGUGUGCACUCGGGCGAGCGGCCCUAUGCCUGCGACCUGUGCGCCAAGCGCUUCGCCCAGUGGAGCCACCUGGCCCAGCACCAGCUCUUGCACACCGGGGAGAAGCCCUUUCCCUGCCUCGACUGUGGCCGCUGCUUCCGCCAGCGGUGGUCACUGGCGGUCCACAAGUGCAGCUUCCGGGCCCCGAGCUGCACCCCCCAGAGCCGCAGCCGUGGGGGCGCCCCGCCAGAAGGGCAGCGCCCUGUAGAGUGAGGAGGAUGGUCUCCCUUCACGCUCAUUUCAUGGAGAAGCCCAGAGAGAUGGAGAAACCGCCUGGGACUGCAGGACAUAGUCGUCUGCCACCCUGGCUGCCUUCCCCAUCAGGGCAGGUGACAUCUCCAAGCAACACUCCAUGUCCUAAAGGGACUGGCUGUCAGGGUGAGCGCUCUCCUAGGAGCGUGGAAGGGCAUCUGUUCUCCCCGGGUCUGUGCAUGCAGGAACCCCAGCAGACCCUUCAAGGUGGGGGGUCUCCCACCACCCUGCAUCUUGCCCACCCCAGGUUCUGAAUGAACCUGGGUCAAUAGCUGUUUCACAACACUUCUACCAAAUGGUCUUCUUCCCAGGCUUUCAAACCUCCCCUGGUUGGCUAGAGGUAAGGCUUGGGGAAAA